CAAAUCGAGUGUUCCAUUUACAUUUCUAAUUUACAGCAUCUUGGCUAAUCUUAAAGCCAAGAUGUCCGUUCGAGUAGAACUUCAGCAAUUAGUUGACAUUGCUUUAGCGACUCCCGAAAUCGGAAAUGUGAAUUUUAACAUCCUUCGUGGAUUUCUGCAUGAGAUCUUAAAGCAUCUUGGCAUCCGUAAGAAAGUUGUCUACAUUUCUGAUGAGGGCGAUUUUAAGACCGCUUACGACUUCAUAAAAGAUGGGAUAUUACUUGCUCGAAGCACCACCCCUAGCGAACUCGACCUUAUCGAUGAAGAUGAAAAUGACGCAAGGGAAGCAAACAAAAGGAGCAUAUCUCCAGUACGACGAAAAUCUUAUGAAUGCCAAAUAUCCGGAAAAAAUUCUCUACAGAAGCGAAGUCGCUCAGCAAGCCCUCGAUUAAGUGAAAGGUCAGCGACCAUCUCAUCUGAACCAGUUCAUGAAGGGACCAAGGAGACAAGCGAUGUGGGGGAUCGAAAAGAGAAAGAGACGCCUCAAGAAGGAAGCGUUAAAUCGACACCAGCUGACAUCGUCGUCCAUGAAUCAUCUCCAAAGCCACCGAAUACUGGAAUAAGAUCACACAACAAGUCACCAUUGCGAUCACCAAAAGCUUCUAGAGCAUUACUGGAGCCUGGAAGAUCAUCAAUUGAAACCCGCAGGUCUGUUGAAGUAUUGCUUGGACGAGGUGAGGCCAUCAAGAACCUUACGCAUAAGGUUUCAGAACUGCAAGCGCGCAUUGAUGCACUGGAGAACGCUGAGACCAAAGAAGAAGUUUCUAUUAUCCCAUCUGCAGCAUCUAUCAUCCGCAAGGAAAGCAAGACGCCAGCGCAUGACAUGAUGCAAAUAAUCUCCGUCAGUAAAAGGCUGGAAGAGACUGAAAAUUCAAUCGAGGGACUAACAGAACUGGUAGAUGUCCUCUCUGCCGAGCUUACUGAAGUCAAGGAAGCCAUGCCUUCUAAAAAAGAGAUCCCCGACAUGCGCAAUAAUCUUAAGGACCUGAAAAGUUCCAUCAAUGAGGUUAAAAAGCAAACGGAUGAUAGUCAAAAUAGCCAUGCCUCCCAGUUGUCCGCUCUAGAGAAAACCGUUGAUGAGAUGAAGAAAGCAUUGAAUCAGCAGCUGAAAGAUGUGAGCAAUAGACCAGCCGCCACUGUUGACAUGGCCGAAGUAGAGAAGUUCGUCGGCAAAAAGAUUGAUCAAGAAAUGGAUCAUAUAACAAAGUCACUUGCUCGCCAGCAAACCCACGACAGUCCAGCCAUUGUUGUAUCGAGUGAGCUGCCUUCGGAAGUAACAGAUCUUUUAGAGAAAUUUGACGUAAUGAGAGAAAAACAAACAAGUUUGGAAGAAGAAGUGAAAGCCAUCCGAGAGCUUGCCGAAGCAAUGGAAACAAAAGAUGAUGAUGAAGAGACAGAUUCGAAGAGCGGAAGCGUCAAUGAGCAAUCAACGGAGUCCCAAGCUGUUCAUAUUCCACAUGAGAUCGUCCAUGACAUGAAGCUCUUGAAGAAAAAGCUCGAUAGUUGCAGCAAAGAUUCCGCGUCGACCCACUCAUCGCUGCGUAGACUCGAUGUUGAGAACAAGAAGCUUGUCGCGUCGAUUGAUGACAACAAGGCACUAAUUGAUCAGCUCAAGAACAACAUCGCUCUGCUGCAGCGCGAGGCGGCUGAGGCUGCGACUUCCACUCCAGUGCGACAGGAUGACACACUCCCGCCCACUCCAUCCAGAUCCAAAGCGCACACCAUUGACGAUAAGGAUCUCAGCUUGAUCCGCACUAUGAUAUUUGACCUGCAAGAGGAGAAAGACAAGUUGAAGCAGGCGAACAGAAGCAUUUGGGAUGAAAUCUAUCAGCAGAAGAAAGUCAUCGAUGAUAUUGAUGAUCAGGUGACAACACUUCAUGAUGUUAAGGCGGACAAAUCUCAGCUUUCAUCGGAGGUGGAGGUGAAAGCAGAUAAGGCCGAUAUGCUACUGAAGGUUGGACGCGACGACUUUGAUCACUACAUCGGGCUGGUAGAUCAGUCACUGCGAGACCUCCUACAGAGACUUGAAGGACAUGAAACUGCAUUGAAGCAAGCCAUUGAAAGUAUCUCAUCCAACGUUCGAACCAAACUAGACAAGGAUGAGGUGGAGCCGCUGAAGCACUACCUAGAGGAACGUAUAAAAGCCCUCAAGCCUAAGCCAGUAGAGGCGGCCCCGCCAGAGGAGUUUGCAGCUGGCUUCCGCAAAGUUCUUAUCAAGAAUUUCCACUGCAUCUCAUGUGAUAAGCCGGUAGAGUUUGCACGAGAUGGCAUGUUCCCACCUUUGCCUUCUGCACAACCCAUGCCAGGCAAAAAGUCAAACCGACCUUACACUACUUUCGAGCUGGAACAGAUAAGACAACAUAUGCUACGUGGAGGGAUGGCUUUAGAACAGGAAAGGUUUGAGGUCAUUGACAAACAGAGACAGAAAAUACAGAAGGAGCUGCUUAUGCUAAGCGGAGUUCCCAACAUCCAGGGAUUAGCAGAGGUGAUUGAUCGUCCUUGCGGAGGGACCCACACCUUAUCAUUUCCUCACAGCCGACAGGUGGUACGUGGCCUCCACAUGAACAAGGAAGAUGUUACCUUGGAGACGAUUUGCAAGAUGAAGAACUACACGUCUGUCAACAUUAUGGGUCAGGAUGGACACAUCUAUAAGGGGCUAGUUGAUGACUUAUCCACCCUUCCCCACCUACCCCACAAGCCGCAAACACCACGCAAGCCGAGCAGCCAGCAAGAAGGGGCGGGGCAAGCCAAUCACCGUAGCAGCACACCUGCUUCUGCUCAAUAUGGUCACGUGGAACCUGCCAAUCACUCUGAUAGCUUAUGAACCUUCUAGAAUAGCUUUUGAAUACUUAUCUUUAAGCCUUGUGAAUGACUAUAUACCCAGGAUUUUUUGUACCUUCAUUGAAUAACUUAUACACCAUGGCCAAAAACCUUUUGCAAAAAGUAAUCUUUUAUUGAGAGAUUUUUGCCUGCCCUAAGUUUUAAUCUUUGAGAAAGGGAUUUUGUGUUUAGCACUGUCAUGUUUAAAGCAUUGGCUACUUAUCUACAAUGUUUUUUUCAUCUCUAUACAAGUUUAGUUUUAAUAUUAAAUGCUGAUUUUUGCCUGUUUGAUCUGAAAAUUAAACAUAUUUGAACAAACU